UUUCUGUCAAAACCCCGCAAAACAGAUCUGCUACACAACGUACAGCUCAAUUUUUCAAUCUUCAAAACCAAACAAACCCUAACUAAAAACCCCUCAUUCAAUUUAAUGCCCAAAACAAAACGCUCAUAUUCUCAUGCCAACAUUCAUUCCUGUUUCAAGGGUUUUAUCGAAACCCUAAUUUCAGUUUCAUUCCAAAAAUGGGUGCUUUAACAACCAAUCGCAACAAACGCUACGCAGAAUUACAAUUUCCGUCUUCAACGCUUCUGGGUUAUGAUCAUCUUCACGUUGCGAAAAAACCCAAAUCAGCAAAUGGUAUGAUACCCACUACAAGUUCUGUUUCCAGACUUAGUUUAUACCCGAAACAGGUAACGCCGAUUUCUCGAGAAAUUCAAGCUCCUAUUUUAGUUGUUAAAGGAUUUACUGCAAGUUCAUCAAGAUUAGAUACUAGUGAUAGUCAGAAUUAUAGACCAAUUUUGGGUAAUUUGGAUAGUGGUGGUGAUAGAAUGGGGAAUUUUUUGUUUUCGGAAUAUUAUAGAACGAAAGCAGAGGCUAUUCAUAGCUGCCGGUAUUUUAAAGAAAAGGAUGGUAAGAUAGUUAAGAAUGUUGAUAAUGAUAAUGAUAAUGAUGGGGAAGGAGUUUCGGGUGUUGAGGAAGUUGAGAGACAAGAUUUUAAUAAAUCAGUUGAGAUUCAGACGAUAAGAGCGAAAUAUAAGGAGUUAGAUAGUAAGGCUGAAUUGAAUUUAAGGUCUCAGCCUUCUACUUCUUCGGGUGUGGUUUCGGAUUUGGUGGAUGGGAAGGCGUUAGAGUCUUUGUCGUUAAACCAGAGGUUGGAUGUUAUGGAUGUAGAUGAUGGUGUGCCUGUACAUAGAAAGCUACUAGAGUCGGCCAGAAAGCAUGAUGAGCGGUUAAGGAAUUUGGGCUUUGAUAUCAAACUACAAGAGGAAAAGAAAGCUUUGUUUGACAAAUUGCGUCCUGCGAAGGAAGAGGAGGAUGUAUUGGUUGAGCCUUUCCGCCCACUUACUGAUGAAGAAGAGCAAAUCGUUGCGAAUGCAUUGUCUGUUUCUAGCCGAAGAAAGGUUUUGGUUACUCAUGAGGAUUCAAAUAUUACAAUCACUGGAGAGGUUCUACGGUGUUUAAGACCCGGGGCAUGGUUAAAUGAUGAGGUUAUUAACCUUUAUCUUGAGCUGCUAAAAGAGAGAGAAAAGAAGGAACCGAAAAAGUUUCUGAAAUGUCAUUUCUUCAACACAUUUUUCUACAAAAAGUUAAUAAGCGGAAGAACUGGCUAUGAUUACAAGUCGGUUAGAAGAUGGACUUCCCAGAGAAAGUUGGGAUACAGUCUCCAGGAGUGCGACAAAAUUUUUGUCCCAGUUCAUAAAGAAAUACAUUGGUGCUUGGCUGUUAUCAACAAAAAAGAAAAAAAGUUCCAGUAUCUUGACUCCCUUGGAGGCAUUGAUAGGCAAGUUAUGAGGGUUUUGGCCAACUACAUUGUGGAUGAGGUGAAAGAUAAGAAUGGGAAAGACAUUGAUGUUACUUCUUGGAAGCAAGAAUUUGUCACGGACCUUCCUAAUCAGGAGAACGGGUAUGACUGUGGUGUGUUUAUGAUUAAAUAUGCAGACUUUUAUAGCAGGGACAUUGGCCUCUGCUUUAAGCAGGAACACAUGCCAUAUUUCCGGAAGAGGACGGCGAAGGAGAUACUAGGAUUGAAUGCCACCUGAAUAACUGCUGUGAUUUAAGCAUGUGGUGUACAUAGUCUCUGAUUGGGAAAGCACUAAGUAACAUAUUUUCCUGAAUUUUUAUCCAUCACCUUCGUAGCAGAAGGGCCAGGGAGGUUCAAGGUGUCAGUAGGAUCCCUUCUAUAAGGCUCGUUUAUUGUUCUGUGUUGCUGCAUAUGACUAGGCUGAAACUCUAUAUUUCAUUUCAAUCUUCACAAACAACUAAAGCUAUAAGUUUUAUUUGUGCUGCUUUUAUUAGGGAAAAGGUUUUGAUUUGCACAAUCCUUUAUGCUUGUGUUAGUAGAGUAGACAUAGGUUUGACUUAUGGAAACCUCUUUGCUUUUAGUCCAUACUCUGUAGCAGUCUCUUUUGUAGCCAUUCUCACUUUUUGAUAUCCCAGACUAGUUCUGUAAAGAUAUUUUUUUUUGUUGUUCA